AUGAGCUAUCAAUCUACAUUGCCUAAGCGGUUUCUUCUCUACCUAGCAGGUCUAGAUGCGAUAUUUUACCGAGUCUUGGCUUUCCCUAUGGAUCAAGACGAAAGAACGGUCAAAUUGGCUAUGAUUCCUCUUCAAGCUUUCGGAAGGACGCUAUGGGAACGAGCCGAAACAGAUGUGAUAACUCUCAAGGAAGUGGGCGAUGGGUCAGGUUAUACCGUGGAUAUGGUAAUUGAUGGUAUCCUCAUGCCCAUACACGUCGAUACGGGAUCCUCGCAAUUAUGGGUAGCUCACAAAUCCUGUCAGACUUGUGUAAGCGCAGGUAUGACCUAUAUAGAUGCUGAUCUUCCAGAAGGGUGUACUGGUAAGGAGAAGAUAGAAUAUGCGGCAGGAAUUAUCUCUGGAUGUUUGGUCAAUACCAGUGUCAGCCUCUGUGAAUAUGCCUUGGGGGAUUAUGCUGUUCUAGCUGCGACCCAGGUAUCGGAGGAGAUAGCGACGAACGGUGAAUUGUAUAGUGGGACUCUAGGUCUAGCGGAUGAUAAACUCACCAAUAGUGGCGGAUUCUACCUUGCUGGAAAGAACCGUAAUGACACGGAAAGUAAGAUGGUCUUGGGUGGUUCCUCCAGCAGCUCCCACGCCCCAGAUAAGGAUCCCAUAAUCCUGACUCGAGCGACGCAGGAAGAUGGGAUGCAUGUCGUAGAUCUGGCCGAUGUGAGUAUCGGGGAGAAGAGCAUAGCUAUGGAUCAAGUGGCAGUCCUGGAUACAGGCUCGAUCGGUAUCGGUAUGCCUUCCUCCGUCUCCCAAGAUAAGUUCAAAGACAUAUACGGUGAGAAUAAAGAUGAAGAUGGCGGCAAGAAGGUUUCCUGCCAAUCGCCCAACUCCAAUACGACUUCGAUGAUAUUUGCUUUUGGAAACAAGCAAUUUGGAGUAAUGUACGAUGAUUUGAUUAGCAAGCCUGAUGAAGAUGGAUUGUGCUGGGCACUGGUAGGGACGUAUCAAGGAGUGGACGAUUCGGAUAAGAAAUGGGUCUUGGGUGAUGCUUUUUUGCAGAAUGUAUAUCAUACCGUCAACCUCGAGACUGGCGAAGUCAAGAUUUUCGAACUUGAUUAG